UCCCAAACAAAAAUACAGAGUAAAAGCUUCAUCCAAAAAUGGAUUCUUUGUUGAUUUUUGUGCAGCUCAUCACAGCUGCAGCUCUCAUAUCUUCCACAUUAAUCAUAAUCUUCCUCCUCACCUUUAAGCCCAAUUCACCAGCUUCAAACUCCAUCCCUUCGCUUCCUUCGGGCUCCCUUGGUCUCCCCUUCAUCGGCGAAACCCUCCAGUUCGUUUCUUCCGCUUACUCCCACCGCCCCGAAAGCUUCAUGGAUAGACGUCGCUGCUGGUAUGGGAAGGUUUUCAAGUCACACAUAUUUGGAAGUCCAACAAUAGUUUCAACUGAUGGUGAAGUGAGUAGGUUUAUUCUGCAAAGUGAUGCAAGGACUUUUGUGCCAUGUUAUCCAAAAUCUUUGACAGAGUUGAUGGGGAAGUCUUCAAUUUUGCUCAUCAAUGGCAGCUUGCAUAGGAGAAUUCAUGGCCUUAUUGGAGCUUUCUUCAAGUCAUCUCAUCUCAAAGCUCAAUUAACCAAACACAUGCACAAAUAUCUUCAAAAUUCUAUCUCUAUUUGGACUACUACAUGUCAACACAAUCCUAUCCACAUACAAGAUGAAGCCAAAAGUAUUGCCUUUGAAGUUCUAGUGAAGACACUGAUCAGUUUGGACCCUGGAGAAGAAAUGGAAUUUCUCAAGAAACAGUUCAAAGAAUUCAUUGCUGGCCUUAUGGCUCUCCCAAUUAACAUCCCAGGAAGCAGACUCUACACAUCAUUACAGGCCAAAAGGAAAAUGGUUAAGUUUGUGGAAGAAAUAAUACAAGCCAGAAGAAAGCAAAAGAUGAGUGAGAGUUUGAAUAAUAAUAACAAGGUCCCAAAAGAUGUUGUGGAUGUUCUGCUGAAUGAUGGAAGCCAUGAAAUUACAGAUGAUUUAAUAGCUGAGAAUGUCAUUGAUAUGAUGAUUCCAGGCCAAGAUUCAGUCCCAAUCCUUAUGACUUUGGCCAUAAAAUACCUUUCUGAUUGCCCCGCCGCACUUCAACAAUUAAGGGAAGAAAACAUGGAGUUGAAAAGACAGAAAACUCAGCUUGGGGAGUCAUCCAAGUGGAACGAUUACUUGUCAUUACCAUUUACACAAAAUGUUAUAAUGGAGACGCUAAGGAUGGGAAACAUUAUAACGGGAGUGAUGAGAAAGGCCAUGAAGGACAUCGAGAUAAAAGGGUAUUUAAUACCUAAAGGGUGGUGUAUCCUUUUAUAUUUUAGGUCAGUUCAUCUCGAUGAAAACCACUUUGAAAGCCCUUACCAUUUCAAUCCAUGGAGGUGGCAAGAUAAAGACUCAAAUAACCCCAACUUCACUCCUUUUGGAGGGGGGCUAAGGUUGUGCCCUGGGCUUGAAUUGGCCAGACUUGAAGCUUCCAUUUUCUUACACCAUUUUGUCACUGAAUUCAGGUGGGUGGCUGAGAAAGACACUGUUAUCAGCUUCCCAACAGUUAGAAUGAAGAAGAGAAUGGCAGUUUGGUUGAAGAGAAGGGAGGGUGACUCUUGAACAAGUUUUCAUCCAAUUUUGAACAUUUUGAUCACUUCUCAACCAAAAAAAAAAAUGACAAAGAAAUAAUUGGGACAGACAAAAGAAAGAACAUUUUUUUGGUCAAAAUGCAAACGUGUGGGUGUGGCCACUUUAAUGUUCUUAUUUGUCGCCAUGGAAAAAUGUCUUCAUAUUGUACAACAAGGUCCAAGUUUUUCCAUAGGAUUCUUCUCUUUUCUUUAUCUUGAUUUUUCUGGCCUAGAUUGACUAUUUUUA